AUGAAGUCCGCUAAAUUUGGUAUCACCGCAUGCGAUCGGGACAGCGAAAAGGCGGAGGCAUGUCUCUCCAUGUGCGGGAUGUGUCCAUCUUGCGUUUUUGCCCCCAUGCCCCCUGCCUCCAACCGGUGUUGGUGGACGGUGUCGGAUGAAUUCAAGAGGAGGUUCGUGGUGGAGCUGCUGUUACGAUGCAGAAACGUCCAAGUGUUGGAAAGCAUCCAGAGUGUGCUGGGUGUCACAUCGUGGACUUUACUCACGUACGCCCGGUCCAGGAGCCCGACCUCCCCCGAGGACUUCCCCUGCCGCGGGGCGGGCCGGUCGCUGGAGGGGAGACCUCUUGGGGUGAACCUGCAUGAGAUCUGGGACUGGUUCACCAGCAGCCCGGACUGGAUAAAAUCCCGCUACCUUUGCCGGCUUUUCUCACUCUGUGACUCGGAACUAUUGCGCAUGUUGUCUAAUUUAACCAGCGUGCUUCUGGUCAGGCAACAACGAGGGUUUCUGCGGUUUAAUGGUAAAAAAAACCACAUAGGUCAGCAUGAUUCUGAAAGUGAUGUAGACUCGGAGGACCCCGCUCUCAUGGUGGUGCCCGGAUCAGCAAAGUCUGCGUCUGGAGUCAGCCGCUAUCGAGAUUUCAUCAGGGGCCUACCUGUUGAUCUGUCCAAGAGGAUAUUAGGUCUGUUGGAUGAGAACUCUCUGAGAUGCUGCCUGAAGGUUUGCCCAUCCUGGCAGCACCUCGCAAAGGAAACCAUAGAGGAAAUCAAGUUCAGAAGAUAUUUCCAGGAUCAAAUUGAGGCAAUGAUGAAGAAGGGUAAAGGUAUGAAUAAAGUCAGUUCCACUUACGCCAACAUCGUUGAAGUUCCUGUACCAAUCAAAACGGAUGAGAAAGUGGUUAUUCAUGCUCGUGUCCAAAAGGUCAAGCCAUUUGAAGCUGCUUAUGCCAAAAUCAAAGCCAAGAUGGUGCCAAUGGAGGAGCGAAAUGUUUACUGUGGUGCAUAUUUCACCAAGGUGCUGCUGGACAAAGAGGACCCUCAUCGGGUGGUGGACUACAGAGGAGGAUUGUUUAUGGCGACGGGCUCCAAGGACCGCUUGGUGCAUCUGCUUCAUGUGGGGUCAGAAACAAAGAUGGUGUCGGUGAUGAAGGGCCAUGUGGGCAGCGUCCGGGCGGUGCUGCUGUGUGAGGACAGAGAGCUGCUGAUCACUGCCAGCUGCGACGCCAGCAUCAGGUGUUGGUGUUUAAAGACAGACAGGUGUGUGAUGAUGCUGUACGGUCACACUGGCACUGUUAACUGCCUGGGUGUCCACGCUGAUCGCCUUGUCUCAGGAGGUAAAGACUGUUUAGUUAAAGUGUGGAGUCUACACACAGGGAAGAUUUUUGAGGAUUUUCAUUUCAAGCACACAAGCCCUGUUCAGUGUGUGAGGAUCAACAUGAGGACGGUGUUCAGCAGCUGUGAUCGGGGCUUUGUCAAAAUAUGGGACAUGGAGAACGCAUUGCUGCUCAGGGUGAUAGAUGCCCACAGGAGCUCAGUGAGGUGCCUGUUCUUCGACGAAUGGCAUUUUUUAUCUGGAGACACCAGUGGGCAGGUCAUGGCCUGGAGUUUAAACUGUGGCGUUAAAGAGUGUCUGAUGACCUUCCCCCACCCAAAGGAGGUAAAAUCUAUGACUCUUGUUUACCUGCGUGUUAUCACUGGCUGUGUGGAUGGGAAGAUUCGUAUAUUUAAUUUCCUCACCGGAGAUUGUCUGAGAGAGAUCACGGCAGAGGCUGAAACAGUCCGAAUACUGUCGCUGCACUUCCAUGACAACCGAAUAAUAGUGAAUGCGACGUCAGGUGUGAAGCUCUACCAGUUUGCCAAAGUGUUCUGGGAAUACAGCGAGUCAGCUGAGGGAGGCCAGGGCGAUGCUGGGACUCAGAACGGUUUGGUUUCUGAAAACACAGCAGUCUCACUGAGAAAACUUUGCGUCACCUCUGCCGGGUCAGAUCACACAGCACAGAAGAACAGGAAGAAGUCAGAGAGAGCGGAGCUGCUUUACCACACCCGCUUUCUGCCUUCCAUCACUAAAGCACAAGCCAGAGAGCGCUGUGUGACUGCCCCGUCCGUGAUGCUGAGUGAGAAGGCAACAAGUGACCGGAUCAAGAGGAGGGGGCUUCAUCAUCCUCUGAGCCGAGACUCCAUCCUCCUAAAGGUCAAUGCCAUCCAUAAGGCGCAGUGCAGGGAUGAAGUCAGCAUCAACAUGGAGUGCAACGCCCGGCUGCGAGACUCCUGGGGCCCCGACACGUCUCAGGACUCUCAGCUCUGGGACAGCCUUCAUACUCAGGAUGUUCCUCUCAGGAGGGCUAAAACCUGCGUUCCAAUUUUAAACAGAGAUGUCAGUCAAAAUAUGACGAACAAGAUCCAAGGCAGAGCCAUCUCCACCGCCCCCGACACUCCGAGGAGACGCCCUACCUAUUUAUUUCCUAAAAAAACACAGCCUCACAGUGCUGACACAUUUAAGCGAGUAGGUGGAUUCAAAGAGUGCACCCUCAUGAGAUCGCUGCCUAAUCCAGAUCGCUCCAUGAAAACUGGCACCAGCUUGCCCAGGAUCAGCCCUGUGAGUCCAUUCAGAGAGCAGGGAGGGCUCCGGCUGCUCACAGUGAAAAAGGCUGGGAGAUUUUAG